UAUAUUUUACUUCCUUCUUGAAUAAUUGUCAUAUCUUGUUUGCUUUUAGAUGACAAUGGUAGCUCAAACUGAUUGGCAGAUAGGAAAAUCACUGUCAGAUCGUAUGAAAUACAUGUUGGAUAAUCAGCUGAUGUGUGACGUCACAUUCCAUGUCGGAUCAGCCAAGUCGCCAAUCAAAGCCCAUAAGUACAUGCUGGCGAGUGCUAGUCCUGUAUUCUAUAGCAUGUUUGAAGGACCAUUAUCAGAAAAGGGGGAUGUUGAUAUUGUAAACAUGACUCCAGAAUAUUUUGAUAUGAUGUUACAGUAUAUAUACACUGAAAAAUUUGUAAUAGACUCCAAAAAUAUCAAAGGACUUCUGUAUGGAUCAGAAAAGUAUAUGUUACAAACUCUGAAAGAUAAAUGUAGUGACUUCUUAACUUCAAGUGUAAAUGGAGAUCACACGUGUGUUGUAUUUCAAACAGCGCAUGACUUCAACAUGAAAGAUUUGGAAACAGAUGCUCUGAAUUUUAUUUUCAAGAAAGGAAGAGCAUGCUUUGAGUCCGAUGAUUUCCUACAUUUAUCUUCUGACUGCCUCACAUUGAUAGUUGAAUCCGAUAAACUGUAUUGCGAUGAACCAACAAUGUACCAAAGGAUGGUACAAUGGGCCAAACUGAGAUGUGAGGAACAAUGUAUGCCGACGACUGAUGAGAACAUUAGAAAGAAUUUACAAGGUUCUACUGUUCUCAGUACAACACAUACAGCAUUAAACUCGAUUACAGGCCAAGAGAUUUAUGAAAUUCCGUUUGAUUAUCCAGUCGAAAUAGUUGCAAACAAUCGAUACACUACUACUAGUAUUUAA